AUGCAAGCGACAGAGCAAACAACGAUACGUUGGCCAGAAGAAUUUCAACCAGAUCGAUGUGCGGUACAUGUUAGAAAUGAACUAGAAAUUGCAGCACCUGCUUCACAUGUCUGGUCAUGGCUUGUACAUGCACGUCUCUGGCCAACAUAUUAUGAUAAUUCACAUAAUGUUGUCUUUGUCACCGAUACUGACUCAUCAAUACUUCGUGAAAAUACUCGUUUUACUUGGCGUACAUUUGAUGUAAAUUUACAAUCACAAGUUCGAGAAUAUGUUGAAGGUGAACGAAUUGCUUGGGAUGCACGUGGUUUAUUAGGUUUAUAUGUUUAUCAUGCAUGGUUAAUUAUACCACGAGAUGAACACAAUUGUCUUGUCAUUACAGAAGAAGCUCAACAUGGAUUACCUGCACGAAUGAGUAAAUUGUUCUUUCCUAAUAGAAUGUAUACUCAACAUCAACGUUGGUUGGAACAGCUUCAACUUAUGGCUAAACAAGGAUUACCAUCAGAAAAAUAG